AUGACGAACUCGGCCCACGCCUUGAAGACCUCGCAGCGCGAGGAGGUAGAGUCUGGCGGAGAGAGGAAGUCGAGCUCCUCUGGGGAGAAGAUGACCGCUCAUACGAACGUCGCCAGCGGUCAAUGGCUGCGUUCAGCUACCGUGUUUCCAGAAGUUUCUCGAACUCGGCAGGCCAGGUGCUCGAUCCCUGAGAACUGCGACUGUGACGCCUUCCCAUGCUUCGGAGCUGUAGUAAACCUGCUGAAUGAUCUGUACACGUGCUUCGACUCCGUCAUAGAGGAAUUCGAUGUAUACAAGGUGGAAACCAUCGGGGACGCGUACAUGGUGGUCUCGGGAAUCCCGCUGCCCAAUGGCGACCUGCACGCGAGAGAGAUAGCGCGAAUGUCGUUGGCUCUCCUGCACAACGUGCGCUCGUUCACCAUCCACCACCGACCUCACGAGCAACUGCGGCUGCGCAUCGGACUGCACACGGGACCAUGCGUGGCGGGCGUGGUCGGGCUGAAGAUGCCUCGGUACUGCCUAUUCGGAGACACGGUCAACACAGCCUCGCGCAUGGAGUCCACAGGAAUGGCACUGAAGAUCCACGUAAGCUCGGCGACAAAGACGGUGCUCGACAAGUUCAAGACGUUCCAGCUGGAGCUUCGCGGUGAAGUGGAACUGAAGGGCAAGGGAAUGGUGACGACUUACUUCCUGUUGGGCGAAGACCCACUGCCUACACGGACGCUGAACCCAGGACCAAAGACCGGGUGCGGCGAGGCCAGACAGCGACAAGGUUCCUGAGGAACGACAACGCCAGUGGUAGCCGCCGUGAAGCACGACGGGAACUGGACGCACGAGAUUCUCUUUGUUCAUUUCCAAC